AUGGAAGUUUAUAUAGCUGUCCCCUUACUUCAACAUUUAACAAUUAUUUUACGUUUACAUAAAGCUAAAAGAAGGCGUAUACAACAACAACAAAUGGCUGCUGGUUAUGGAUAUGAAAGGCAGGGAAGAAGAUAUCAUGACAUAACUAGAUUAGCUAAGACAAGCCGUUUUGAAUCAGAGGAAAGUCUCGAAUUAACAGAAACACCCCCAAUAUUAAUUAAUGCACCCCCAAGAAUUGAAGUAACUACAGAAUUACCUCAACAACUUUUGCAAGUACAUGAACGGUUACAUGAACAACAAAGAAAGGAAAUAAAUGCUUUGGGGACUUCCUUUGAUUAUCAAUUAGCUGGUCAACACCACGAAGGCCGAGCUUUUCUUCGUACUCAGGGCCGUGUAUAUUCUGAAGAAUCUAGUGUUUCUUCUUAUGGGGCAACAACAACAACAGAACCUAAACAAGGAAUAUAUUCUAUGGAAAUGAGUGGACAAUUACUUGAAGGAAUGGAUAGAUUACGCCCAAUGAAACGUUAUGAAUCUGAAACUUCAAUUGAUUACGAAGAAAGAGCCGGUGGAGGGAUUACUCAUGUUAAUAUGGUCAGAAAAGAAGAUAAAGGCUCUUUUGAAUUAACUAUUGUUUGUGAUAAUAAAUGGAAUAUUAUUCCUUUGCCGUCAUUAAAAGCCUUUGAACGUCCAAAACAGCUUUAUGAAGCUAUGGAAUUUAUGAAAACAAUUGAAAAGGAAAGAAUAGAAGAAGUAGGGCCUUCUAAACCUUUUUUAAAUUUCCAUAAAUUUUUAAAGGCUCGUUCUGAAAUAAUCCAAAAAUGUUCAAAUAAUUUAAUUGCCAAUUUUAAUACAAUUGCCCAACAAUCAUCACAAAUAACACUAUUUUGUGCUUUUGAAAGUGAUGUUCGAAAAAGGGAUUUUUUAACAGAAAAAUUAAAUAAAGCAAUAAAUAUUGAAAGAAUUGCACCUUUUUUUGCAACAGAAUUUAUUUCAGAAAAUGUAAAUCUCAGUUUGAGUAUUGGAGCUUCUGGACGUCUUUUAGUAGCUCCAGAUGUAUUUAAAAUAUUAAAUGAAAGAAGAGAAUCACAUGGACAUCAAUUCAAUACUAUAGCCCAACAAAUGUCUCAAUUAACUCAACAUGUUCAUUUAGAAAGAAAAGAAUAUGAAAAUUCACAAUUUAGUGUCGAAUCUAGGCCUAUUAGAUUACCUAGAAUGGAUAUGAUUCGUCAGAAUAUUCGUGAAUUUUCUAUUCAAGAUGAACAUUGUUCUGUUUUAAUGGAACAUAGAAGCGCUAUGGGAGAACAAACAACUGCAGAUUGGGGAUACUCUGUUUCAGGUUCCGAGCUUCGUUUUCAUUGGUCGGCCCCUCCGCCCGGCCUAGAGGAGCGGCCUGUGCCGCCGCUUCCUCCGCCUCUCUCGCCUCGCGCUGUUUCUCCCCUCGAGAGUGUUUUUGUUCACCAAAGCACCAGCACCACAAUUCACGAAUCUGAGAAACAACGUUUUGCCGUGUCCCAUUUUGUGGCACUUCCAACAACAAAAGAAAGCGAUGCGCGUUUGGCUGAAUCAAUUAAAGCGAGCGCAACUUGGGUAGAAUCUUUACCUGAACCACGACCAAUACCAUCUAUUUCGACAUUUGAACAACAAAAGAAAAUAGCCCAAAGAGAUAUUCAAGUUGAAGGACCUCCAAAAAGAGCUAAAUCUAUUCAAUUAGAACAGCCUUGGAGAGAAGAUAGAACAAUUCAAGUAAUUGAAACAAUUCAAAAGCCUCAAUUACUUGGUGCAAUUAUACAAACUGAACAAAAAGAAAUGAUCGGGAAUUCAACACAAAUGGAAGAAAAACCAAAGAUAGGGCAACAAUCUGUCCAAGCAUUACCUCAACCUAAAGAAAUUCGUUCAGUUCAAGUUUUAAAAGAAGAACAAAUAAAAUAUACUCAAUCUGAAAAGCCUUUAAUUGGAGAGAAAACUAUAGGAGUAGAAUUACCUUCUUUAGGAGAUAAGGCAAUACAAGUACUUAAAACAGAACAAUUUGAAAGAAUUUCUCAAACAGAAGGUAAAAUAACAGAAACAAAAGAAAUUCAAGCAAAACAAGAAUUAAAUAAAAGGGAAGUACAAACUGUUGAAACUAAACAAGAAAAUAAAGAAGAUGCUUCUCAAACAGAAGAAAUGAUAAAAAAAGGAGGAAGAACAAUUGGUGUAAGUCUUCCUUCCCUUACUGCUCGAACAACACAAGCACAGAGAAUAGAGCAACAAUUAAUGGCUAUACAAACACAAGAAGUUCCAACAGGUUCAAAAACUGUUGAAGUAGAACAGCCAAAAAUUGAACUUCCAAAGAGAAGAGCACAAUCUGUGCAAUCAGAAAGGGCACAAAAAGGUGCCAAAUCAGUACAGGGACAGCCUGAAAUGUUAUCUAAGGAUUUACAAUCGCCGAGGGCAAGUACUGAAGAGAGAACAAUACAAACAGUAGAAAUGCCAAAAACAGAAGUUCGAGCAGUUCAAUCAGAAGUUGAAAUACGCCAAAUACAUUCAUUCCAAACACGUCCAGAAUUUGGAUUAAAAACAAGUGAAACUGAUUUAACACAACUAAAAGAAGAGGAAACACAAUCAGAAAUAACAAAAAUUACUGACCGCACAGUUCAAUCAACCUCAACUUCAAGUCCAAGCAGUUCAAUCUGA